AUGUCGUCAUUACUACAAAGGCGCAUGCUUUCCAAGGAGGAGGAGAACGCAGGGCAAGAAGUCGAGGUCCGUCGCGAGGAUCAAGACAAGAUCAAUAGAUUCAGCAGACUGCACCAAAGAGAACUCCUUCUCGAAGAAGAGCUCAAGGCAAAAAAUAAAGAAAAGGAAGAGCUAGACGACCUCUCGACGGAACUUGAGCUCGCCGACGAAGACGAGAAGAUUCGAUAUAGAAUUGGCGAUGCGUUCUUCCACUUGCCGCUUGAACAGGCCCAAGAAAUGCUGAGCACAGCGACCACGCGAAUCGAAGAGGAUACCGGAGCCCUGGAGGAGAAGAUAAGCACCAUCAAAGAGCAAAUGACGGAAUUAAAAGUCGAUCUUUAUGCUAGAUUUGGCAAGCAGAUCAACCUCGAAGUAUAG